AUGCCAACUGUCAAUUCGAGAGAGCCGCUGCAGUCGCUGUUUAAUGCUGGUGCUGGAACCGGCACCAGGGGCCGCCCUGGACAAUUCUUUUGCGGCAUUGCCUUCUCCCUUACCCGUUUUGUGAUUUUCGCAUUGCGCUCGUGGUCUGCUUUCAUUCUCCCAGCUUUCUCCGCCCUCUGUUCGGGCUGCCCAUGUUCCUUCUCUUUUUCUCCUUAUCUGCACUCGCGAAUUCCCCAAUUCUGCCUUUCGGGUGCGGGGAGAAGGCGGAGAAGCCGACGUGGCGCCGCCGUAUGGAGCCCAGUGCGGGGGGCGGAAAGUGCAAACGUAUUCACAGCGGUCGCACAAGUGGACGUCCGGGCAAUACAGGGCAGUAGGUCAUGCGUGCACACUCCUGUCUCAUCGUUGCCGCAGCCGACUGUGCCGAUUUGCCCCCUUACAAAAAGCAGAAUGAAUCAACUGCAAAAUCACGGAGGUGCCAGUGCACAUCGGGGCCAACACGUUGUGGAAUCAUUUGCAGAAACAGAGACUCAUAAACGAAAGUUAAAGUUAGCAUUGGACACAGGUCUGUGA